GACUUCGGCGUGGACCACGCCCGGGUGGCGGAGUUCAGCGCCAAGGUGCUGCAGGCCCGGGAGCAGCAGAGGGAGCUGGGGGCCCUGCUGCAGGCCGAGGACCGGCUCCGCUACUACCUCAACCCCCAGUACCGGGGUCUCUUCCAGCACCUGGGCCGCCUCGAGGGCGGGCUGCUCUUCCUGGUGGAGCUGAGGGGCGACCUGGUGGAGGGGCUGGCGACCAAGGCGGUGGAUGGGCCUCACGUCAAGGGGAGGGCUGGGCUGGGGGAAAUGAGUGGAGUUCUAAAGAACAUGCUGUCAGAGUGGUUCUCGACAGGAUUCCUAAACUUGGAACGGGUUACUUGGCAAUCACCUUGUGAAGUCCUCCAGAAAAUUAGUGAUUCUGAAGCUGUGCAUCCUGUUAGAAACUGGGUUGAUAUGAAGCGCCGAGUUGGGGCAUACAGAAGAUGCUACUUCUUCUCUCACUGUGCUAUCCCAGGAGAACCAUUGAUAGUCUUGCACGUUGCACUCACCAGUGAUAUCUCCAGCAGCAUCCAGGCCAUAGUGAAAGAAGUGCCGCCUUUAGAAACAGAAGAUGCAGACAAAAUCACAACAGCCAUUUUCUACUCCAUCAGUUUGACUCAGCAGGGACUGCAAGGUGUGGAGCUUGGGACUCACCUCAUCAAGAGGGUAGUAAAAGAGCUGCAG